CCGGUUAUUUUCAUUUGAAAAGGAAACUCCCUUAUCUCCAAAUGACAGGCUAUAUAAAGUACCCGUCCUUAUCUCCAGCAUUAGAAUAUGCAAAAGUCGAACGCAACAAUGCUCCCCGGGGUCUAUACUUAUUUCGGAGCGAGCGCUCUGUGCUUUGCUUUGUUGUGGCAAAGCAGCGUCGCCGUUCCGCUCGGAGCGAGUCAAUCACAGCUGCUCCUCACCGGAACUUGCAACGCUCUCGCGCGUUCUCUGCUCCGGGACGUGUCAGCGGUGCUCGAGACGGAACACUUGUUCAGUGGGUUUGACUGCACACAGCAGAAUCCAGAGGUGCACAUCAGGACUCAAAUGGUGUCUGCUUGCACACCACAACAGAACUCCAACUGCGCUCACAGCGCUGUACUAAAUAUCGAUGAGAAUGAAUGUCUACAGAGAAUACUAGAAGAUCUCCACUACUAUCGGGAGACAUUCAGAGCCUACUCCAGUCCAGAGCUCGACAAAUCUGUGGUCAGGAGCAUUGAUGAACUCAUGCAGAACUGCUUCUCUGUUUCCGCGACGGACAACUCUCCGGCGAAGGAGUCCAUGGAUCAUCAGAAAUCUUUUCAAGAACGACUGCAGCUGUGCAAAGUCCUAAAGGGUUUCAACCUUCGCACAAUAACAAUAAAUCGUGUUUUCAACUACAUGAUGUCAAAGUAGCAAACGAGCCGUUGUUACAGGCCAAGCACCUUUUUGUUUACUGUUAGAAAAAAAGCAAUGAUUAUUUAUUAGUAAGCUAUUUAUUUUAUUUAAACGUUAUUUAUUGAUGCAGUGUUAUGCUAUUUAUUUUUUGAUUUAUUAAA